CAAUACAGAUUCAUAACGCAUGUGCGCAAGAUAUACAGUAGGUGGCGGUAAUACUCACAAGGAGUGAACGGCCAUUGAACAAAAAAGAAUAAGAAGAAGUAGAUGACCCGGCAAUGUAAUCGACAUGACACAUGAACUUUGUGUAUACGGUAAUGUUUAGUUGACGUUUUGCUCCGAAAGCUAUUGUUGCAAAAAAAUAAUUCAAACUAUAAGCAGCAUUUAUAAAAUAAAAGGUUAAAAAUAAUCCCAUAUCACAAAUGACUUUAUGCCAAUUUGAGAGUGAGAAGACAAAACAAUCGCUCGUGAAGAAGCUCACGGUCUCAUUGGGUGAUAAUCGCUCGAUCAGUAGUGCAGUGAAGCAGACUUCGUUGUGAUCCAACCUACAGCUUUUAUAUAUCAAGGAGCGUCAGUGAGCCCCCUAUAAUCAGAAAAGACUGCUUUCUUCAAUUAAAACAAAUGGAGUCCCAGCAGGAAGUGAACCCUGUAUUCCUGCAGCAGCUCAGAGAAUUGGACAUACCCGAGGAGGCAGCCAAGCAGGCACUCUUGCACACACAGAAUGUGUCUGCGGAGGAGGCUGCAAUGUAUUACUUCAACAAACUAGAGAACGAGGAAGAGGGUGAUGAGGACCUGAUGUUCAAAAUGGUAUUUGUUGUAAAUAUGGAGCUGUCCAUGGGUGUGGGGAAGGUGGCGGCGCAGGUGGGUCAUGCUGCAGUGGGUUUGUAUCAGGCCUUGCAGGAGAAAAACAGUUGGAGGGAAAUGGCCUGCAGGUGGGACCAUGCUGGAGCUAAGAAGAUUGUGUUACAAGGCACUAACAUGGCACACCUUUUGGAGUUGCAGGCUCUUGCUAUGAGCCUCAGUCUUCCUACAAAGUUGGUACAGGAUGCUGGGCACACACAGGUGGAGCCAGGUUCAUGCACUGUGCUUGCCAUCAUAGGAGAAGAGGAGAUGGUGAAUAAUGUCACAGGCAGUCUGAAACUGCUUUGAGGAAACUACUGUAAUGCUGAGGAAAACUCUUCAAGUGUAGGUUUGUUGUGUACCACAGAAAGAACAGGGGUCAGCGUUUCCCCACAGUAGCAUGGUUUCCCUCAAGAUAAUGGUGCACUCAGUAAUUUUUUGUUUAUGUUGUGAUGACUUACACUGACACCUAACAAUGAGGAUGCAUAUUUACGCAAAAGCAAACCGUUCCUAUUACUGAUACCUAGCGGUGGGUUAUAUACUGUUAUAAUUUUGUCAACCAGUAUAACUAUUUGUGUAUUGUUGGUUAUGCCAAUGUUUCCUGCAGUUCUGAAACUCCAGCACCACAACAAAAGAACCCAUAUUUUACUCCAGUUGUGAAUGUGAGUUUGCAAUUUGAAUCGAAUGUGAUGUGAAAAGGUAGUGUACCACUAAAUAACGACAAGAGAAAAGGUCUUUCUAUUAAGCUGUCAUUGUGAGCGGCACACAAAACAAACAACGCAGAAUAUUCUUAUUUACAAACAACAUACAUUACAACUUUCACUUAAUGCUUAUGAAAAGUGAUCAAACUUUUUACUUCAGAAAUUGAGAACUUGGAUUAAAUUAAACUAAAUUAUAAUGGGUCAUUUUAUGUCGUUGCUAAAAGGUUGUCAGUAUUGUCAUGGAAGCUUAUCUGACUUGUAAAAUGGAGAAGAGGCUUCAAAAAAAAAAGGCAUCAUACUUAACUUGUAUUGUUUUUUUUUUUUCAUUGCUUGCAGUAAAAACAUAAUACAAAGAUGGUGUAAUCAAUAAAACACUAUAUUUAAAGUUCCAUUAAUGAGCUAUUAAUGAUAAAAUUCUCAAUUUUAUAGAUCGACCAUUACUUGGAAAUUGGAUUCACAAAGAUUCUCAUUUUUUAAGUAGUAGUUGUCAUAAAAACUAUAUAUUGUGAUGUAUAUUUGUCUCUAUAAUAUUGUUACAUUUUUGCUUGUAUCACACAUUCCUAUCAAUACUAUUGUAGAAAUGCAGAGUAAGCCAUGAUUUAUUUAUUAAUAAAAAUUAGUUUAAACUGACUGCUAAUGCAACCCACUUGAGGUGACUUCUAUUAAGCCACUGGAAUUACUUAUCUCAUAUGUUAUUUUAAAAAAAAUUUUAUUACAAUUAAUUUAUUUUGUAUGUUUUAAUUAAGGAAAAAAUUACUGAGUGAAAACUGUGGGAAAACACCUACAUACAGUAGUUUAACAACAGAUAUGUUUAAAUAAUUGCAUUUUAAAGCUCUUAAGUUAUGUAAGAAAACAAAUAUUAGAUAUUAUCAACAAGUCCCAGAAUUUCUAUAGAGCUAAAAAAAAAAUCUCCCUCAAAGAGGAGACGUGUCAAUUAAAUAGCAAUGUAAAAAAAAUGUAUAAUCACAUGUACUUGUUAUACUUAAUGUGCCUGUAGAACCCAGUGUUUUAAUGAUUGUGAAAUGAAAUAGCCAUUGUCAAAGUAUAAUGUAUAACAUGUUUCUUUUUAUUAUUAUUAUGGGAAUAUUUUUUAUUGUUUACAAUUAAAUGUACCCAAUCCCUUUGUGAUGAUAAAAUCAGCCUGUGUGUAGAUUCA